AUGCCAAGAGAAGACAAAGUCCAGGAAGAGGAACAAAGAGCUCGAACGGCUUAUGAUUUAAUUCGCAUGAGGCUUGAACGACUACAAGAGAAUAUCGAUAAACCAGUCUCUAUACCGCAGCGAAGAGAUGCUCGAAAACCUCGACCACCUCCUGAUUUUGUUCGCAAUGUCGUCGGCUCUUCUGCUGCCGCGGGAAGUGCUGAAUUUCACAUAUUUCGGAAUAAUCGUAAACGAGAAAUGGAUCGAUUGGAUUAUAUGAAUCAGAAAUAUUUAAAUGAACAAUUGGAUGCCGAAUUCGAAAUGAAAAGAAGACAUCAACUUGAGAUUGAAGAAAAGAAGACGGCAAAAAAGCGAAGAAAAAGGUGA